AUGGCAUCCCUGCUACCCAUCCAGAUCUUGCCCUUGACCCUGAUUCUGCUGACUGUUCUGGCCCCAGCAGCUGCAGCAGUAUUCAACAUCUCAAGCCUCUCUGGUCUGCUGUCCCCGGUGCUAACGGAGAGCCUGCUAGUUGCCUUGCCCCCCUGUCACCUCACAGGGGGUAAUGCCACACUGAUGGUCCGGAGAGCCAAUGACAGCAAAGUGGUGAAAUCUAGCUUUGUGGUGCCUCCAUGCCGCGGGCGAAGGGAGCUGGUGAGUGUGGUGGAUAGUGGGGCCGGCUUCACGGUCACCCGGCUCAGUGCAUACCAGGUGACAAGCCUCGCGCCGGGAACCAAAUACUACAUUUCCUACCUGGUGAAGAAAGGGACGUCCACCGAGUCCAGUAGAGAGAUCCCAAUGUCCACACUUCCUCUUGCCAGAUAUAAACUCCGUGUAGUUGAGCCACCAAAGCUACCUGUGGGGAAAAAGCCCACCCCUGAUAAAGAUGGUCCAGAUAUUGAGCCCAACCUGUGGAUGUGGGUAAACCCUAACAUCGUGUUUCCCCCUGGAAAGCUGGAGGCCCCACAACCUAGUAAGGGGGAGUAUCUGACAAGCACACUCCCCUCCCCUCAGCUGCCCCCAAAAGAGGAAGACUUGGCCAACUGUUCAGAGGCCAAACCAGUGAAGCCGCUGCCUCCGUCCCCCAGGCGGCAUCCUUUCCCCACGAGGCAGUUUGCUUCCCCCAGCAGCCGGGAGCUCACAGAAGAGGAGGAGGCUAAGGACCAGGAUGACAGCUCCUCUGCGGCUCUCCUGUCCCCUCACAAAAGGGCUCCCCUCCAGAGUCGGAGGCUCCGGCAAGCCAACAGACAGGAGGGGAGGCUCUGGUCCCGGCCCCCUCUCAAUUACUUCCACCUAAUUGCACUGGCACUAAGAAACGGUUCCCCCUGUGGCCUCAACGUGCAGCAGAUCUACAGUUUCACUCGACAGCAUUUCCCCUUUUUCCGGACUGCUCCCGAGGGCUGGAAGAAUACCAUCCGUCACAAUCUCUGUUUCCGAGACAGCUUUGAGAAAGUUCCAGUCAGCAUGCAGGGUGGGGCUAGUGCAUGGCCUCGAUCCUGCCUCUGGAAGUUGACCGAAGAGGGACACCGCCGCUUUGAGAAGGAGGCCCGAGCUUUGGCCUCCACUCAGCUGGAAAGUAUCCAACAGUGCAUGAGCCAGCCAGAUGUGAUGCCCUUCCUGUUUGACCUUUAAGUCCAAGAAGCAAGCCCAUGCCGUAUUAAAGUUACC